UCUACAUUACUUUUUCGCGUAAUUAUUCCAUUCAAAAUGAGAGGCAAAUAAUAUUUUUAAAAAAAGACGGGGUCACUCGGAAGAUACUUUUACUGCCAUCUUUCAAUCAAUUACAAAAACAAAAACAAAAUGUCUGCUCUGCUAAAUAAAAAAAUAAACAGGGAGAAAUGCAGUUUUCGUUUCAGUAUUUGUGAACAUUGGUAUUCGCUGAUAAAAUGACAGAGUUAGUAGUGUAUAAUAAAAAUCAUUUAGUUUUUAUUAAAUAGAUUUUACAUGAAAGUUAAGAAGUGAUCAUAAAUUUCUCUAAACAACUACAAUGGAAGUGACCGAUCCAAGUCCACAAGAUCUCCAACGAAAAUUAUAUUUCUUGGUGGAACAACUCCAAAAUAUGGCUGGUGCUUUGCCUCCAAAAUAUCAAAUGCGGCUUCCUUAUGAAUUACUUUCUGGCUUAGCAAAUUCAUUACUAAAUGACACAAUAUUCGAAAUAGUUAAAGGUCUAAUGGAGAUCCAACAUGUUACAGAAAAACAUUUGUUUCAACAACGAUUGCAGUUGAUAAAUCAGCAUAAUAUUCAAAUUCAGGAAGCUAUAUCUUCAUUCAGUAAUGAUCCAGAAAAAUUAGCAGAAAUAAAAGCUGCUUUAGAUGUAAAACAUAAACAAGAAUUAAAACAAACUGAUAUGAGAUUGGUGCAACAAUUGGAUCAAAAAGUAGCUGACCAACAGAGUAUUUUGGAGAAAGCAGGUGUUCCUGGUUUUUAUGUAACAAAUAAUCCAAUUGAGAUUCAAGUACAAAUGAGACUAUGUGAUUUUAUUAUUAGACUAAGCAAAAUGGAAAUUCCUAGUUAAUUAAUUAAAACAUUUUAUUACAUGAAAACUACACAAAAAAUAUAUUUUUAAACCAAAAUGAAUUUGAAUAAGAAUAAUUAUUUGUGCAGUUUUAAUGAUUAAUAUUUUACAUAUUUA